GGCAACUUAUAAGCCUGCCUAGUCGACGCUACGUUCGUUCAGUGUAGCGCCACGCGUCGACCGGUUCGCUGCGAAGACGACGAGGAGGCAGCCUUCGACAUCAUCCUCCGUGCAGCUUCCGCCUUGAUCGGUGCUCCGCGCGCUCCUCCAGAACAGCGACCACGACCGGGAUGAUGUGGACGCCGGUGUUCUUGAGCGUACUGUUUUUGGGAUUGGCAUCGGCGCAGAGGAACAGUAAUCGGGGCGGUGGUGCGGCCGUGCCCGUGCCUAGGGUGGACCGUAACCUCAUGAACUGGGCUCUUGAGCAGGGACUAGAAACACAGCGGCACAUAUGGAACAUCACUGAACCUAGCCUCUUCUCGAACGGCGUGGCCAUGCGGCCAGGACAGCCGUCGUGGUUCCUGGGCGCCAUGGGCAAGACUAAGGUCAUCUCCAAGAACAUCUCGGCCCUCGCGCUCAUCACGGAGGACGCCAGUCGCAACCUGGCCAAGCAGCUCAACCUGGGCCCGCGGGACAUCACCUUCGGCCUGACCAAGCUGGACAUCCGCGGCACCCUCGCGCAAGACCUGUGCCCCUACAAGAAGGGCCCAGAGGCGCCGCCGUGCAGGCCGCAGCGCUUCAGGGCGUACGACGGUUACUGUAACAAUCUUCAGAACCCGUACUGGGGUAGCGCGAACCUUCGCUAUCUCCGGUUCCUGCCACCCAACUAUGGCGAUGGCAUCAGUCAGGCAAGGCAAGAUGGCCGCGGCCGUGCACUGCCCAGCGCGCGGACCGUGAGCGCAUCCAUGUUCCAGGACCAAGACCGGCCGCACGACCACGCGUCUAUGAUGACCGUCGCUUGGGGGCGCUUCGUCUUUCACGACAUCUCGCACACUGCGCAGGCCGCAGGGUUCGAGGGUGCACGCCUCAAGUGUUGCGGCGUAGCCGAGGGCUUCUCCCACCCGGAGUGCAUGCCCAUCGCCGUGCCCGAUCGCGAUCAGUACUACGGACGCUUCGGACAGCGAUGCCUGGAGUACGUCCGCUCAAGCGCUGCCCCCCGAGAGACGUGUGGACUUGGACCACGGGAGCAGAACAAUCAGGUGACCUCGUUCCUGGACGGAUCGACCAUCUACGGCUCUUCGGAAGCCGAAGCCAGGUUCCUACGCGCCUUCGAGGGCGGCCAGCUGCUCAGCCAACGGACCAACGACGGUGAAGAACUGCCCCCUCCGGACAUCACGACCUUGGACUGCCGACGUACCGCCCAGGAGCCUCCCUGCUUCUCCAGCGGCGAUCCUCGAGUCAACUCCGACCUGGGACUGGGUCUGAUGCACACCGUCUGGCUCCGGGAACACAACCGCGUCGCCAGAAGCCUGCAGACUUCCAACCCGCAAUGGGACGACGAGAGGACCUUCCAGGAGACCCGGCGCAUCAUUGGCGCUCAGAUGCAGUACAUCACGUACAACGAGUUCCUGCCGGCGUUGCUCGGACCGGAAGUGGUGGAACGGUUCGGGCUCCGCCUGGAGAACCAGGGUUACUUCCGGGGCUACGACCCCAAGAGGCUUCCGGGAGUCACGAAUGUCAUGGCGGCCGUCGGUGUGUGGGCCCUGGUGUCUGCGGCUCCGGCUCAGGUGGAGCUCUUCGACCCGGCGAGGUUCAGGAGACUCGGAAGCCUGCCUGAGACGGCGUUCAGACCGUUGGAGCUCUAUUCGAGGCUGCAGCAGAUCGCAGCGGGAGCCCUCAUGCAGCACGCGCAGAAAAUGGACAACUUCAUGUCCCGCCAUGUCACGGGAGACAUGUUCGCUGCGUCCAACAGAGAGGCCGGCGUAGACCUGGCUGCCGUGGCAAUUCAGCAGGGCAGAGACCAUGGUAUCACAGGCUACACUCGCUGGCGGCAAUUCUGCGGUCUCCGGGCCAUCGACGACUUCGAGGGCCUCAAGCGAGUCAUGAGUUCAGAUGCGGCCUUCCGACUCAGCCAGCUGUACUCCGCCGUGGACGACAUCGAUCUUCUGGCGGGCGCACUCUCUGAGACACCAGUAGAAGGCGGUCUUGUUGGUCCAACCCUUGCCUGCAUCUACGCUCAUCAGUUCAGGCAUCUCCGAGUCUCGGAUCGCUACUGGUUCGAGAACCCGGGCCAACCGUCCAGCUUCACAGAGGACCAGCUCCGCGAGCUCCGCAAGACAUCUCUGGCACGUGUCCUCUGCGACAACGUCUUCUUGAGGACCGGAGGAGGUGUUGUCCAACCGCGGACAAUGCGAGUUCCGGAUCCCUGGCUUAACAAUUUGAUGUCUUGUGAAGACCGACUCCUAGCCAGUAUGGACCUCGAUGCUUGGCAGGAUGCAUCUAGAGCUGGUAGCGUCCCGCAGUCUCUGCUUCAAGACGCACUCGCGGAUCUGACGGCCUCCCAAGGGGGGCAGUUUGGAAGACAAGGUGCUCGAGGUGGAUUUAUGAGGGCCACCGCUGGAUCGAGGAGCAUCCACAACCAGUCGGAAGCCCUCGAAUUUGCCACGAGGAGACUACUCAAAGCCACGCGCAAGGGGGAUAAGCGGCAGGAUGUGAUUCCCGCGCUUCGUCAGGUUGACCUCUCCAAGUUUGCCGCUGAGUUUGAAGAGCCCGCGGCCUGCGAAGAUGAACCGCUCAAACCUUGCAACCCGAGAUCGCCCUUCAGGUCACUUUCCGGAAGAUGCAACAACCUGCGCAAACCGAACCUCGGCAAAGUCGGACAUAGCUUCAGGAGAGUCCUACCGGGCUUGUAUGAAGACGGCGUGUCGGCUCCCCGAUCUCGGAGUGUUACGGGUUCGCCAUUGCCCAGUCCCCGGCUCGUCUCUUUCGCUGUUCACGGCGACCUGAGCCACCCGCAUCAGCGAUACACAAUGAUGCUCAUGCAGCUCGGACAGUUCAUCGACCACGACAUCGCCCACACACCACUCAGCGAGGGCGCCGACGGCGCGACACUCCGGUGCCGCGCUUGCAACUCUCCAGAACGAGUGAACAAGGAAUGCUUCCCGAUCCCGAUCCCGUCCAACGACCCCCACUUCCCGAGUGUCAGCCGAAAGAAUCCGAACAUUCCGCAAUGCCUUCCAUUCACGCGCUCCAUGUCAGGUCAGCGCACUCUGGGCAGCCGUGAGCAGAUCAACCAGGUGACAGGAUACCUAGACCUCUCCACUGUGUACGGCUCCGACGAGUGUGCGCGCGACGAACUGAGGCUGUUCAGGAGCGGGCUUCUGAACAUGAGUGCACAUCCGGCUGGCCGAGAGUUCAAGCCGCUGCUGUCCGAAGUGGACGGUGCUGCCGACUGCAUUUCUUCUAACGGCCGCUGCUUCAUCGCGGGCGACACGAGGGUCAGCGAGCAGCCUGGCCUCACAUCCAUGCACACCAUCUUCGCCAGGGAGCACAACAGGAUCGCCCGCACGCUCCAAAGUCUAAACCCGCAUUGGGACGACGAGCGCGUGUUCCAGGAAGCGCGUAAAAUUGUUGGAGCCAUUUUCCAAAGGAUUGUCUUCGCGGAGUUCCUUCCCCGUACGUUAGGCUGGGAGUCCGUGAGUCAGUGGGGCUUGCAUCUCCUCGAAGAAGGCUACUACAACGGUUAUGACCCCACCUGCGACGUGGGCUCCUUCAACGAAUUCGCCACGGCAGCGUUCCGCUUUGGGCAUACGCUGCUGCCGCCAGUACUCAAGCUCGUCGGUCCGGCGUACGACGAGUUAGGAGGCCUGAAGCUUACCGAUGCCUUCUUCAACAGCCAGACGCUGUACAGAAAAGACAGACUCGACCAGCUACUGCGAGGUCUCUUGUCGACGCCCAUGGAGAAUUUCGACAACCAUGUUACCGAAAUGGUGACCAAGCACCUCUUUGAAGCCAAGAGUGUUCCCUUCUCAGGUCUUGACUUAGUCGCCAUUAACCUACAGCGAGGACGUGACCACGGUUUGAGGACGUACAAUGAUUAUCGCGCCUUCUGCAGUCAGCCGAGGGCCCGUACCUUCGCGGACCUUGAGGGCCACAUCCCGAGGGCCACGCUGAGGGCGAUCGGGAGUGUCUACAGAGACGUGGAGGACAUCGACGUCUUCACGGGUGGUCUCUCCGAGUUCCCGUUGGCCGGCGCCGUGGUGGGACCAACGUUCAGCUGUCUGCUCAGUUUUCAGUUCCAGAGGCUGAGGCGCUGCGACCGAUUCUGGCACGAGACCGGGGACCCGACGGUUCGGUUCUCGUCCGACCAGUUGGCACAGCUGAGGAAAGCGUCUCUGGCCAAGAUCAUUUGUCAGAACUCGGACACUACAAGGUUCAUCACGAGGAAAGUGCUCGACGUCUACGAUCCUUUCUUAAAUCCAAGGGUGUCCUGCAGCAGCAUACAAGACAUCGACCUGAACGCCUGGAAAGAAAACACGGUUUAGAAGAACGCACAGUGCAGUGAACAAAAAAACAACAACAUGAAGAUGAAAAACAAAAAUGGUGGACAAUCCAGCGACAUCGAGAGACUCGGUCAAGGAUCGUGCUGGCAAUAACGUCAUCCGCUCCCGCGCGCAGCCGCUGUCCGUCUCCUCGCACGGAAUUAACCGUCACCGUACGCACCGCUGCGAUUGGUGGGAGCCUACACCACGUGACGCUUACUUGCCAACUUCGCCGCUUAAGCGUUCCAUAGUCAUCCCCACCUUAAGAGCGAUAGGGCACGGCUAAUUACGUCGGCAUUCGUCGUUUCCUGAUUGCUUUCUGGGUGUUCAUGCCGGGCGAUGCUGCGAUCUCAUUGGCUGUCCUGCGAAAAUAAGACGGCUAGGACUAACCACAGCCUAUCAUUCUUAAGCAGUAGUAAGUGACUACCAAGCAGCUGAGUCGUCGGCAAAUAGCUUCUUAAGGCAGGUCAUAUACAAACAAAAAGAUCGCCUGACUGAUUUUUUUUUUUAUUACCAAGGAGAUGAGUAGUCGGCAAAUAGCUUGUUGAGGUAGAUGGUCUACAGCCAAAAAGAUCGCCUGACUGGUUUUAUUGAUUGUUGCACGAAGCAGGCAGUUGAAAGGAACAGCAGGGAUUCACUUUAGCGUGUUACGCAGAAAAAUAAACACAGGGGCAUUGCUGCAGUUUAUCAUUCAUUCUUCGAACCCAAUUUAGAAUGGCGUGAGAUCCAUAAACCUCGGCAAACUGCCGCGCUUCUGUAACGAUGGGAACCGAACGACAGGGAAAAGGGUGGUGAAAUCGGUAUAAUCAAUAAAAGUGAAUAGCUACGCUUGUCGCUAUGACCGUUCUAAAACUAAACCAGAAAGCAGCACCACAGAAGAGCUAUAUCCGUCGACGCUCCGAUUUAGGGACCUUCAGGAACCAUUCACCGCGAUUCUGGAAGCAGCUCCUUGCAGAACGAACUGGCCACACGUGUUGAGCUGCGGGCUUCGCGAUAAACCCUCACUCGCCCUCGUUCUCUUUUAUAUCGAAAAGCACAGAGAGGCCAUAGCUACAGAAGGAAACAAGAAAACUGAAAAUACCGUUCCUCGUCACGCGUCACCGCGGGGCGGUGCUCAGAAACCAGGAAACCCGGAAGGCCAGCAACCGAGCAUCGCCAAUCGAUUCCGGGUCAGACGUUGGUACGCAGCUUCGAUCGCUACCCACCGUCUUUCCACGACAUGUAAACAUUACUUAGCUUCUUUCUUUUUUUUUUUUUUUUUUGGUACGUGAGUCUUUCAGAUGGGUCAGCAUGGUUUGACGACAUAUUUAAAAUCCUAUCAUUGCGUGGAGUACGAUAUGCCCACGCUCACUUCAGCCGACCUUUAUGAAGACCCUUACUAUAAUCACUACACUUGCUUUGUGAUUCGUUCCUCGGUGCUCUUAUUGACUAGUACUUCAAUGUCACUAGCAGAGAAGCGAUGAUAAGAGGGUCUAGACUCGCAACGCUCUGCGUUUCUUGAGCCCUCAGUGAUGAUAAAAGUCAUUUGAUGCAAACAACCUACGGACUGGUGAACGCCACCUGGAUAAGAGAACGCAAUGCCCGUGAUAAAACGCCACCGGCUAGUCCUCGUGCAGACGCAUCGAUAGAAAAACAUGGGGUUGAAUACUGACUCACCAUCCAUGCUCAAUCGGUGUACGACGUUUUGUGACGACAUGCGUGAUGCCGGUCUCAAGUGUUCCGUGCAGGAAGCAGAACUACGGGUUUCACGGUGACGAGCAUUUCGACAACAAUGCGCUAUCCUGGCGAGUUUUCGCGUACCGUAAAACAGCUUCGUCGCUAUGCAACUCUUGUGUACAUCAGGCUCUAAAAUUGUCUUGGACGAUCGCCGCUGGGUACCGGCUUUUAGUUGGAGAAUGUUGUUGGAGAAAGUUUUGGCCCAAAUAAAAGGGCUCGGCCGUAUCCGUCCAUCCAUUCAUUCAUGUUAGAUGGAGGGCAGGUCGUCGCCGGAUUCGAAGGUUCAUCAUUCAUUCAUUCAUCCAUUCUUUCAUUCAUUUAUUCAUCCAUUGAUCGUUCAACACGGUUCCCUGCCACCGCUUAUACGCCUCCGUGACCGACAAAAUUCCGUGCGAGAAAGACAGAAGCUAACGCGCAACCCACGGACAGCGCGCACGUUCGGUGGCCCGUCGCUUGCUCGCUCACAAGAAGGACAGCUUCGGCCGGCUGCAGACUUCCAAGCCACGUCAUGCAUCAGCCUCCGAAGAAGCGCCAGGUUUUACUGGCACCCCCCCCCCCCCCCCCCCCCCCAUCCCUUCUCCUUCCAUCGCCUUUGUAAAUAAACACGUCUACAACUUGAUCAUCUGCAAUCCUCGCCUUUUGCUUCAAACUGGCUUUACGGCCCUUGUCUAUUAAUAGCAGAAUAAAAGCAG